UCAUGCGUGUCAUUCCCGGAGGAGAGUGUCAGUGCUUUGUUCCCGAGAAGAAUGUGGGCAUCGCCCGGCGGCCGGCCUGCCCCCCCUCCGGCAGAAGAGGAUUCUGGGAGAUGUAGUCUCCCGGCAGAAGAGGAUUCUGGGAGGUCGAGUCUCCAGAAAGGGGUCGUGGCCUUGGCAGUGCUCGCUGCAGAGCGGCCCGAGCGGACACGUCUGUGGCUGCGUUCUGAUUGGACGCCGCUGGGCGCUAACCGUCGCUCACUGCUUCGAGGGGAGGGAGGGGGCUGAUCUGUGGAAGGUGGUUCUGGGUCUGAAUAACCUGGAUCACCCCGGGGGAAACAGCCAGACUCGAGGAGUGAAAUCCAUCGUCGUUCACCCCCGAUACAACCGGGCCGUCGUCGAUUACGAUAUCAGCGUUGUGCAGCUCGACUCUGAGAUCGAUGAGACGGAGUUCGUGCGGCCGGUUUGUCUCCCCGACAUUUCUCAACUUCCUCUUCCUGAUUCCUACUGUUACAUCACCGGCUGGGGACACAUGGGAAACAGGAUGCCCUUCAAGCUGCAGGAGGGUGAGGUCCGGAUAAUUUCUCUCUCUCAGUGUCAGUCCUACUUCGACAUGAAGACUAUAACUCCCAGAAUGCUUUGCGCCGGAUACGAAGCGGGGACUGUCGACUCCUGCAUGGGAGACAGCGGCGGCCCCCUGGUGUGUUCAGACGCCUCCGGUCGCUGGACGCUCUUCGGUCUGACCUCCUGGGGCAGCGUCUGCUUCAGUAAAGUUCUCGGACCCGGAGUCUACAGCAACGUCACACACUUCACCUCCUGGAUCCAACAGCAGAUCUACACACACACUUACCUGAGCGACUGACACACACACACACACACACACACACACACACACACACACACACACACACACACACACACACACCUACACACCUGUGCCUAUAUCUAUACUGUUAGCCUCACAUGCUAACUAAGAUAAGAUGAGAUAAGAUGGACCUUUAUUAAUCCCCGUGGGGACAUUCAGUAGUUUAACAGCAACAGGGUGAGAAUGAACAAGUUCAAAUUAACAUGUAUACAUAUUGGGUUAUAACUGCAGUGUAAACUCCUAUUAGUGAUGCUAACUAGUUAGCUAACAAGUAGACGCCACACUUAACGCUAAAAACACAUUUGAUCUCUUCAGGGUUUGUGAGGAUCUGUUUAACCUUUAAUGAAGUGUAACCGCUGCUGGAAACCUAACGCUGACUUUUUAAUUAGCUUUUAGCAUUGAGAUAUCUUAAUUCAUAAGAUCAUCCAAAAUCAUCCAAAAAAAUGUGGAUUGAAUUCCACUUUUUUUAGAUUUGAAGCGUCAAAUAUUUAGAAUGUAGGUUUAGUUUCCAAUAUUUAAAAAAAUGUAAGGAUAAUUGUUUUUUAGAGAGGCCUGCAUAGAGCAUCUGAGGGGGGACACAUUUGAAAAUUCCCCAAUUAUUUUUUAAAGACUUGCCAGUUUUUCAAAAGAUACAAAUAUUUGAAAAAAUUCUAAAUUUUCCCGGAACGGAAAAUACAAAAAGUUUAGCAAAAAUAUGAAACAAUAAUAAUCUUUAAGUCGUACAAUAUGGUGUCAAAAAAUGUAGUUACAUUUCCACCAACUGGAAUUUCUCAAAGAACAAAAACAUCUCAUAAAUCCAGAACAAUAUUUUUAAAGUAAAAUAAACUCACGGUAUUUAAACUUCAACAU